ACUUCGGCUUAGUUUUAUUCAGCGACUUUGCUUCAAUUUUCACUUGGGGCAAUUUCUGCUCGGAUCACUGGGAUAAAUAAGCGGCCCACACCAGCCCGCUGGAAUGGCUGCCCUCGCACAGACCAUCUCGUUAGUCCCAGGGAUUGAACUUUCUCCUCAGGAAGCCAUCAGAUGCAAAAACAAUUUUGCUGUCCAAGGUUCCAUGUGCAAAGUUUUACGUAAAAUUCUAAAGUGGGAAUGCAGCGACAAGCAACAAGGGCAGACUUAUGCUGAUUACUUUGAACAAAAGAAGCAGCAAUAUGAAGACCGCCAUACUGCCCUGGUGGCAGAAAAGAACAAUAGAUUUAAACUCCCAAAGAUUGGACUACCCCCAAGUGCAAUGGAAAAGCUACUGGAAGAACCGUCAAAGUAUGACGUAACUCUAAUGUGUUCUUUUUUGUGUGAGCUGUUCAAGUUAAAAGUAUCAUACACGCACAUUGGCCAUGUGAGAAGUCUCAGUCAACUAGAGUGCCUCCUGAAAGAGGCCAGAGACUUAAGAAAUGCUGUUAUGCAUGAAGUCGCUGCCAGUGCUGUCGACCCUAUGAAGUUUGAUGAAAUUGUCAAAGCCAUGCAUGAUGUGAUAGAUGAAGCUGGCAACGUCUACAGCAUCCCUGCUGAUGAAGUCACAAGUUUCAAAACUAAGAUAGAUGGGUUGUGGGAUGAAGUGCGCACUGAUAAUGAAAAAGCUAAGGCUUAUUGUCGCUUCUUCCUUCACACUUUUGGGAAAAAAGAAGCUAAAGUCAUGUGGGAAGAGAUGUUGUCCGAAGAAACUCUGCUAUUCGGUGAUGAUAAGGUUGAGCGCUCUAAAGUUUUUUAUUCCUUGGAAAUGUUAGUCCAGAAACCAAACGCACAACCAAAAGACAAGAUCUCAUACACAGAACUUCUCUGUGAGGACACCAAAAAAUUUGUAGUGGUCAUUGGUGUAUCUGGGUCAGGUAAAUCAACUCUGGUGAAAAACUUGAUGAUACAAUUCCAUAAAAUCUCGGACACCGAAGUGGAGAUGAUUAAUUUGAGACAUCACAAAGUGAUCCUCUAUUAUGAGUGCAGGAAUGUAUCGAUUGCAGAAUUUAAUGACGUGGUUAAGGAAAAUUUCGAGAAGGUGUGUCAGAAACUUGGCCAUGAUACUGUCAUUGAAGGAAUCACUGAACUGAACCCUGUAGUUCUAGUUGAUGGUUAUGACGAAUGUCAUGAAGACUCGUAUAAAGUUAUUGAACAGAUUGUGAACAAAAUGAGGAACCAUGAGUGUCGUGUGAUCAUCACCACCAGGCCAAGUGCAGCUGGCAAACUCAAAGUCUUCCUAAAGCGAGAAGGCGUAGCGUUUCAAGAGUAUGAGAUAUCAGAAAUUUCCCAACUGGAAGACAAGAAAAGAUUUCUAGAGAAGUAUGAAAAGCAUGUCACUCCGCAUACUCAUGAAGUUGUGAAGCGCUUCUGCGAUCUUGAGCGAAACAUCCAAGAGCUUUUUGUCCACCCUAUUUAUCUGGUUCUCUUCUGCCAUUUGGUGUGGAAUGAUCCCGAAAGUAUAAAUAAUUGGAGAACUCAUGCAGACGUUGCUCAUGAUAUCUUCCUUUUGUACAAGAAGAUUAUUGAGUCAAAGCUCGCUUCCUGUACUAUUGUUGGUUUGGAUGGUCUAAUUGAAGACUUCUUCCAGUCAAUAGGAAAUUUCUCGUUAGAAACACUUGCUGAAAACCGUUUAGUUUUCUCAGAGAAUGAUGUGGUUCACUUGAAAAGAAAUUUCACUGAAAGACUUGAAGCUUAUGGGGCACUGGGCAGACUUGAUCCUAAUGCUCUUUUGGGCGUCGUCUUGAAAAUGAAACGGCUUCUGAGGAAUUCUGAUUCCUACACGUACUUCUUCCAUCACAAGAGUAUUCAAGAACUGUUCGCCGCUAAGGCUGUCAUUGAGGAGCUUCGUAAGAACAACUGCCUGCUGCCAGCCCUACGAGAAGGAUUCAAAGCGAUUGUGAGCACACAGGGAGUCCUGACAUACGUGCUGAUGGAGCUGUGUGCGGAAAACAACUACCAAGUCUUGAAACGUAACUGGGAUCGCAUGAAGGAAGCUGCAAAUGCGGCAUUAGCUGACAAGAAUUUCUGGCAGCAAAUCCUGCUUAGCAGCCCGCACUCCCAGCUUGUAGCUGAAGAGACUGCCAGAGUCUACAAGACUCACAGCGACGUCUGGAACAUUGGCUCGGAUCUCAUGUUAACACUCAAUGCUUACUUCUCAGAUCUCAUGUUAACACUCAAUGCUUACUUCUCAGAUCUCAUGUUAACACUCAAUGCUUACUUCUCAGAUCUCAUGUUAACACUCAAUGCUUACUUCUCAGAUCUCAUGUUAACACUCAAUGCUUACUUCUCAGAUCUCAUGUUAACACUCAAUGCUUACUUCUCAGAUCUCAUGUUAACACUCAAUGCUUACUUCUCAGAUCUCAUGUUAACACUCAAUGCUUACUUCUCAGAUCUCAUGUUAACACUCAAUGCUUACUUCUCAGAUCUCAUGUUAACACUCAAUGCUUACUUCUCAGAUCUCAUGUUAACACUCAAUGCUUACUUCUCAGAUCUCAUGUUAACACUCAAUGCUUACUUCUCAGAUCUCAUGUUAACACUCAAUGCUUACUUCUCAGAUCUCAUGUUAACACUCAAUGCUUACUUCUCAGAUCUCAUGUUAACACUCAAUGCUUACUUCUCAGAUCUCAUGUUAACACUCAAUGCUUACUUCUCAGAUCUCAUGUUAACACUCAAUGCUUACUUCUCAGAUCUCAUGUUAACACUCAAUGCUUACUUCUCAGAUCUCAUGUUAACACUCAAUGCUUACUUCUCAGAUCUCAUGUUAACACUCAAUGCUUACUUCUCAGAUCUCAUGUUAACACUCAAUGCUUACUUCUCAGAUCUCAUGUUAACACUCAAUGCUUACUUCUCAGAUCUCAUGUUAACACUCAAUGCUUACUUCUCAGAUCUCAUGUUAACACUCAAUGCUUACUUCUCAGAUCUCAUGUUAACACUCAAUGUUCCUUCCAUUAUUACAACCAUCUUCUAA